AUGGCGAGACUGAGAUACUGUUACAGUGAAGUCCUUCCAUUUGCAGCCAUGGUAAUGGUGGAAUGUACAAACGUAGGGCUUAGUACACUCUACAAAGCAGCAGUAUCCAAGGGUUUGAGCUACCUAGUAUUCAUGGUGUAUUCUUAUGCAAUUUCCGCUCUUCUUCUCUUGCCUCUUUCCUACAUCUUCCACAGAAAAACGGUCCUUCCUCCAUUUACAGUUGGCCUUCUGGGUAAAUUUUUCGUCCUUGGGUUUCUUGGGUCUAUAGCUCAAUUUCUGGGGUAUAGAGGAAUCGCUUACAGUAGUCCAACACUUGGUUCCGCCAUGAGCAAUCUCACUCCUGCCACUACCUUCAUCCUCGCCAUCCUCUUCAGAAUGGAGAAGUUGUCGUUGCGAAGCUUAAGUAGCCAGGGCAAAAUUGUAGGAACAAUGGUGUCAAUAACAGGUGCUUUAGUGGUGAUCCUCUACAGUGGACCAGUACUCAUAAAAAUGCAUGCAGCCCAAAAAUCACCUACAGUUACAAUUUCAUUGGACACUAGUACAGUCUCUUCUGAAUCAAAUUGGAUUAUUGGUGGUAUUCUCCUUGCAGCCAGUUAUGUUAUGGUCUCGAUUUGGUAUAUUUAUCAGGCUAAAGUCGUGAAGAACUACCCAGCAGAAUUAAUAGUUGUCUUUUUCUACAACCUAUUUAGUUGCAUAGUGUCUACACCUCUAUGUCUAAUUAUGGAACCAUUUAGUGCAUGGAAGGUGAAACCUAAUGUAGAGCUGAUCUCCAUCUUAUACUCGGGAAUAAUUGGGUCGGGAUUUGGUAUCAUUGUUCACACGUGGGGAUUACACGUGAAGGGACCUGUAUACGUUGCAUUGUUUAGGCCAUUGUCGAUUGCCAUUGCAGCCAUUAUGGGUGUCAUUUUUCUUGGUGAUAAUCUCUAUCUUGGAUGUGUCAUUGGAUCGAUAAUUGUAUCGAUGGGAUUUUAUAUCGUAACUUGGGCAAAAACAAAAGAAGAAGUUGGUGAAAAUUUGGAAGAGCAUGUCGCUGAAUCAUCGUCCAAUGCAAAUGUCCCCCUUUUAAAAAAUCACAAUGUUACUACCAAACAAAAAAUUGAUGUUGCAUAG